CCCUUCGCUGCAUCUCCGCUGGUCCUCACAGGUCCCUCGUAUAGUCAGUCAGAGGGUCAUGAUGAUGGAUGCGUUCAGCAGAGUCCAGUUUCUCUGAUCCUACAAGAUCUGCAGACUUCAGAUGAUUUCUGUGUCCCAGUCAGGCUGCGUUUGCCAGUAGAAGAUUCUCAGUGGGGCGACUGAGUUAGUUGUGUCAGUCCAUCCGACUCCAGCUCUAAGAUGGAGUCUGUUUCUGCGAGGAAGAGGCUGGGCUGUGUGCGACAGGAGAACUGCCUCACCUUCCAGGAUGAGCAGCUCAUCAGUGAACUAGACGCUGAGCAGUAUGAACUGGCUACCUCCAAGUCCCAGGUCCGCCUCAGAGGCCCCAGGACUGGGCUUAACAAUAAUGUGGCAGCUAUGAGUGAACAGAUUCGUCAGCUUGAAGCAGAACUGGACGCUCAGGCCAAAGAACUAAAGGCGGCAGAGCUGAGGGCAGAGUGUUGUCAGGAAGCAGCAGCUCACAGCGACAUUUUGGUUGCAACACUGACUGACGAGCUGAGCACGCUCAGAGAGGAGCUGGAGAACAAGAUGGCACUGGGAAAACGGGCUGAGCAACAAAGGAACCAAGCACUUCAAAAUGCAGAGCAACUCAAAGAAGCUUUUAAAGAUUAUAAGGCUGCCACUUCCAUCAAGCUUAACAGGGUGAUGGAGAGUGAGAGUAAACUAAAAGAGAGUCUUAUUGAAUGUGACAGAGAAAAAGAAGAGCUGGAAAUGAAGUGUACUGUUUUGGAGGGAGAGAAGUCUGAACAGAGCCAAACAAUAAACCAGCUGACGGAGGCGGUGAGGCGGGCCGAGGCUGCAGCUGCUGGCCUCCAAAGCCAAGCUGAAGAGUCUGAACGAAAGGCCUCACAUCUGGAGCGGCAGCUUGUAGAACGAGGUGCAGAGUGCAGAGAGAUGGCAGCUCUGCGCAGAGAGUUGAAAGACCUGCAGACUCUGACCCACAGUCAGGAGCAGAGGGUGGCCCAAAGCCAGAGGGAGGCUCAGCAGAGCCAGACGGAGCUGGCCGGCCUGGAGGCCAUACUGGCCCUGCUGCAUCUGCGAGAGGGUGCCAUGUGGUCUCUCUGUGCCAGUCCUUGCAUGUUGCCCCAAGUGGACUAUUCAGGAACUGCACACCUGCGACAACUAAAGCCAGGUGAAGGCUACCAGCAGCUGCUGCGAGUGCUGCAGUCGAUGGAAGCUGAGCGGAAGAAACAGAGCGGCCUGAUGGAGCGGCUUCAGGAGCGUCUGAGCAGAUCCCAGGAGGAGAUCUGCUCCCUGCAGAGCUCCAUGGCCCAGAGAGCCUCCCACUACCAGAACCUCCACACAGAGCUGCUGGACAAAAUCAGCCAAGCUACUGACACAGAGAAAGAGUUAAAAAGAAAAAGUGCACGAGCCGCUGCGUUGGAGAAACAGCUGCAGGAGAAAACUUCAGCUUAUGGUCAAGCUGCCCUGAAGAACACUGAGCUGGAAAAUCAGCUGCUGGAAAAUACCAGCUCUCUUCAGCAUUACCAGGCGCUGAUGGCCAAGAAGCAACGAGAGUACCAGCAGUCCCUGGAAAAGUGUAAACAAGCUCAAACUCAUCAGUUCACGGAGCAACAACACAGAAUAGAAAUGUUACAGGUAACUGUGGAAGAGGCUCAUUCCCAGCUGCUGAAGAUGGAGCAGGAGUUGAGUUCCCUCCAGAGGGAGCGAGACGAGGCUCAGACAGCAGCUCUGGUGCUGCAGACGUCUUUAGAGCAGCUCACACAGGAAAAACAGGUUGAAGCCAGACACAAUGAGGAGCUGCUGCAGAGUUUCAAAGAGCAGGCAGCUCAAUCUGCCACCAAGGUGUAUGAACUACAGUCGUCUCUGUCAGCGUGUCGAGAAGAGCUGAACUUGUACCGGCGGCACAUGGAGGAAGUGAAGAAGAACUAUGAGACUGAGCUGCAGGAGAAUGUUGAAAAGGUGUCGUCCCUGCAGGAGAAGCUCCACAGCAGCAGCUUGGUGUGUCAGAGCUCCAGCGAGCAGAACCUACAGCUGCAGGUUUCUCUGCAGCAGCAGCAGACCAUGCUGACUGAGAGCACCGCUCGUGUUUCUGAGCUGGAGGAGAGCCAGAGCCAGCUGCAGAGACAGGUUUCCAGUCUGGAGCAGCAGCUGGAACGAACCCGGUUAUCUCUGCAGGAUGAAGUCAGAAGCAGAGAGCAGGACGUCCAGCUGAAGGACAAAAACCUGAACGAGGCCAACCAGCAAAACACGCAGCUCUCCGAGUCGGUCAGCCAUCUCACAUCAGAGAUGACAAAGUUUCGAGGGGAGCUGGUGUCUAAAGAGUCAGAGUUGGAGCAUCUGAGGAGAGAAGUCGCCAUCAAGACGUCUCAGAUCAGCUGCCUGGAGGAGAGCCUGCAGCACACAAAGAGCCAGCUCAUCAGCAAGAGUGACAUGGUUAUGGAUCUGGAGGAAAAGCUCCACCGCUGCGAGGCCGAUAGACUCAGCUGUGUGCAGCGGGUCCAAACCCUGGAGGGCCAGUUACAGACGGUGCGUGAAGAGCUGGCUGACACUCUGGAGCAUCUGCAGGAACUCAAGGACGUUCUGCAGAGAACUCAAACCAUUGCAGAUGAGCGGCGAGCCUCAGUGGAAAAACUGACUGUUCAGCUUAGUGAGACCCAGAGGGAGCUGGAGGAGCGAACUCACGAGGUCUUAGACAUGGACAACGCGCUGAAGGAAAGGCAGGGGGAGCUCCAACAGAGAGCAAAGCUGCUGGGCCAGCUGGACGUGGCCAUCAAAGAGCACAAGCAGGAGAUGGAGAGGAAGGUGGAGUCUCUGCAGCAGAGGCUGGAAGCCAGAGAGAAGGAGCUGAGAGAGGCCCAGAGGCAGCUGACAGACCGAAACAUGAAGGAGUCCCAGCAGCUGUGUGCCUGUCAGCAGAAACUCCAGAAAGUGCAAGAAGAGCUUGAAGGAACUCAGAGUCACCGUGAAGCUCUGACCAGAGAGCUGGACGCAACCAAACUGUUGACCAAAGAGACGGAGGCCCAGCUGUGUAGUUUGGAGGAGGAGCUGACUCUGAAGGAGGCUGACUGGCUGCAGGCGGAGGCCAGGCUGCAGAGCACGGUGGCGUCUCUGGAGCAGCAGCUGGAGGUGGAGAGGGAGCAGCACAGCGAGGAGCUGGAAUCUCUGCAGCAGACUCGAGGGCAGCUCCUCAAAGUGUCAGAGCAGAUCUCCUCCUCCAUGCGCUCCUCUCAGGAGCAGCUCACCGUGAAGCUACAGCAGAGCCAGAUCCAGCUCAAGCAGGCCAAGGCCCAGCUGGAUCAAACUAAGGUUGAGCUGGAUCGCAUCCAGAACCAAGCCAGUCAGCUUCAAACACAGCUAGACCAGAGCCAGGCUCAGCUGGAGCACAGCAGAGUCCAGAACAGUCACCUCCAUGUCAAGCUGGAGCAACUGACAGCCCAGUUGAACCAAACCAGAGUCCAGGCUGCCCAGCUCCAGACUCAGCUACACGCCUCUGAGAAGUGUGUGCAGACCUCCACUGACUCCCUGCUCAUCAAGGAGUCUGAGGUGACGCGUCUCCAGGCCAGAAUCUCCAGUCUGGGACGAGCUGCUGACCGACACAAUCUGUUCAAUCACACACUUUCUCUCCCUUCUCUGCACAAACUCGCUCCGGAGAGCUCUGUCUCAGCUCGCUCUCCUCCGUCUUCUCCCAGAAAGCCUCAGACAGCAGUCCACUCUCCUUCACGUGCUCACUCGGGGCUCCUGCGCUCCCCGACUCACACACAGACCCGUUCAUCACCUCCUGCUCACUCGUACCUCCAGCCCUCUGCGGCCGUUCACCUGUCUGAGAGCAGCAUCGGCUCCUCUCUGGACCUCCCUCUGAGCCUGAAGGCCACGCUGAGGGAGGCGCUGAGCAGCAAGCAGCCGUGGGACUCCUCCUCACUUUCCAAUUCCUCUUUCUUGGACUCGGCGGACCACAGCUGGCAGGGCCUCUGUGCGACCGAGGCCACGGCAGCGUCCGACCUCUCCUUCAACCCGCUCACGUACAUGGUGGAGAAACAAAGUGAUCUGGAGGCUACCUCGAUGCAGGAGGGAGGAGACGAGCUGCUCAGUGAGUCCAGGAGGGAGUCUGUGAGCACUCUGGUGGCUCAGGAGGAGGAGGAGGAGGAGGAGGACAUGAGCUCACUGACGGGGAUGCUGAGGUUUGUGAAUCAGACGUUAGCCAUGCAGGAAGAUACUUCUCUAUGGAGCUCCACACACCUGUCGCAGACCUGACAGACUCCAGGGGGACGUCGAGGAGGAGAGCUGUUUACAUUGGUGGAGUUAUAGUCUGUCUUCACUACAAUCAAACAUCAUCUGUCCCUAAAACACUGAACAUGAUCAUUCCAGAUGACACGACUUUCCCAGUAAAUGAUCUCCUGUGGUGUUUGACAUGAAUGAAGCGCCUUGGAUUCCUUUUUUUUUUAUCUUUAUAGCACCAAUAUUUAUAUAUUUCUACGAAGGUUUACAUAAGCUAAGUGAAUUAAAGAGUUUUUAUUUAAGGUU